ACAGAGUCAUGUGAUUUCCUGUAACUGCAGAGAGGGGGAGGAGCCUCCAGUGAAAGUGAAAGUGUUCAGACUCGUUCUAACUUCAAGGAGCAGACGGAGGAGACGUGAAGUCUGAGGCUGUGAACUGGUUCAACAGGGAGGAGGAGCCUGAGAACAGGGAGCGGUCAGACUCCAUUUUCACCUGGACGAGCAGAAGGAAGGAAAGUGAGCAGACUCUGGGUCAGUUUUCUACUCGUGGACUUUAGAGAGAAGAAGAUUCAGGAUGAACUUCUGUCAGUGAAUCAACAGUUUGACUCGACGCUGUGAUUGGCUGAGUCCAACACAUUAAACCUACAACUGUCUCAAGUUACGUGACAACAGGGACACAGUACUGAAGAUGAGUGGUUAUGAGAAGGAAGAGGACAGAGCAGUCUCCAGCUGUCUGUCUCUGAAGAGUAACUGGUCCAUGUUUGAGCCUCCAUUCUUCAGUAAUGAACCUGGACCCUCACACACAAAAGGUCAGGACCACAGACUGAGAGCAGAGUCUCCAGGGUCCAGCUGUCUGUCUCUGAAGAGUGACUGGUCCAUGAGACAUCCUCCAUUCUUCAGUAAUGAACCUGGACCCUCACACACAGAGGAGAGGAAGAGGAGUCAUGUUUCUGAGGAGGAGCAGUCGUCCUGCUGUGCUUCGUGUCAGGACGUCCUGAAGGAUCCAGUCUCCACCAGCUGUGGACACUGGUUCUGCAGACAGUGCAUCACCUCAUACUGGGACCAGUCUGGUUCUUCAGGAGACUCCUCCUGUCCCCAGUGUGGAAAAAGAUCCAGAACAGGAGCUGGAGGUCAGACAGCCGCAGAUCGUGGUCUGCAGGAGGUUUCAGAUGAACAUAAGCUCAGUGUGAGGAGGAGAUGUGAACAUGUGACUGAAGGAAGUGAUGAAACAGGAAGUAGAACCCUCCUCAACAGGAUCUACACUGAGCUCUACAUCACAGAGGGACAGAGUGAAGAGGUUAAUACUCAACAUGAGGUGAGGCAGCUUGAGACGGCUUCCAAGAAGAAGAUCCUCCACGACACUCCCAUCAAGGUCCACGACAUCUUUAAAGCCUCCACUGACCAGCAGAGCAGCAUCAGAGUCGUCCUGACCAACGGCGUCGCUGGCGUUGGAAAAACCUUCUCGGUGCAGAAGUUCACUCUGGACUGGGCAGAGGGUUUAGAGAACCAGGAUGUGGGUCUGCUGGCUGUGCUUUCAUUCAGGGAGCUGAACCUGGUGAAGGACCAGCAGCACAGUCUUCUCACGCUGCUCCAUGUUUUCCAUCCAGCGUUACAGAAGCUCACUGCAGAGACGCUCGCUGUCUGUAAACCUUUGUUCAUCUUUGACGGCCUGGAUGAAAGCAGACCUUCUCUGGACUUCACCCACAGGGAGCUUGUGUCUGAGGUCACACAGAGGUCAUCAGUCAACGUGCUGCUGACAAACCUCAUCCGGGGGAAUCUGCUUCCCUCGGCUCUGGUCUGGAUAACCUCCAGACCUGCGGCGGCCAAUCAGAUCCCUCCUGCAUGUGUUGACAGGGUCACAGAAGUACGAGGCUUCACUGACACCCAGAAGGAGGAGUACUUCAGGAGGAGAUUCAGUGAUGAAGAGCUGUGCAGCAGAAUCAUCUCACACAUCAAGACGUCCAGGAGCCUCCACAUCAUGUGUCAAAUCCCAGUCUUCUGCUGGAUCAGUGCUACAGUUCUGGAGCACAUGUUGACCACAGACCAGAGAGGAGAGCUGCCCAAGACCCUGACUGACCUGUACUCACACUUCCUGCUGGUUCAGACAAAGAGGAAGAACAACAAGUACGGUGAGGGACAUGAGACGAGUCCACAGCAGCUGACGGAGGCUGACAGGGACGUUCUCCUGAAGCUGGGGAGGCUGGCACUUAAACAUCUGGAGGAAGGAAACAUCAUGUUCUACCAAGAAGACCUGGAGCGGUGUGGUCUUAAUGUCUCAGAGGCCUCGGUGUACUCAGGAGUUUGUACUGAGAUCUUCAGAAGAGAGUGUGUGAUCUUCCAGAAAUCAGUCUACUGCUUUGUUCAUCUGAGCGUUCAGGAGUUUCUGGCUGCAGUCUACAUGUUCCACUGUUACAGCAAGAGGAACACAGAAGAACUCAACAUCUUCUUGGGAAUGCGUAAGAAAACAGACAGUACAUCCUCCCUGGAUGACCUCCUGCAGAGAACCAUGAAGAAAUCCCUCACCAGUACAAAUGGUCAUCUGGACCUGUUUGUUCGCUUCCUUCACGGCCUCAGUCUGGAGUCCAACCAGAGAGUCUUAGGAGGCCUGCUGGGUCGGACAGAGAACAAUCCAGAGAUCAUCCAGAGAGUCAUCAACAACCUGAAGAAGAUGCAGAGUGAUAACAUUUCUCCUGACAGAAGCAUCAACAUCUUCCACUGUCUGACUGAGAUGAACGACCACUCAGUUCAUCAGCAGAUGAAACAGUUCCUGACGUCAAAGAAAAAAUCAAAGUAUCUCUCUGUCAUCAGCUGCUCAGCUCUGGCCUACAUGCUGCAGAUGUCAGAGGAGGUUCUGGAUGAGUUGGACCUGAAGAAGUUCAACACAUCAGUCCGGGGUCGACAGAGACUGAUCCCAGCUGUGAGGAACUGCAGGAAGGCUGAACUCGGUCAUUGUGAACUCUCAGAGACUCACUGUGAAGUCGUGGCCUCAGCUCUGAAGUCAGACCCCUCACAUCUGAGAGAACUGGAUCUGAGUGGAAACCCCCUGCAGGAUUCAGGAGUGAAGCUGCUGUGUUCUGGACUGGAGAGUCCAAACUGUCGACUGGAGACUCUGAGGUUGGAGGACUGCAGUCUGUCAGAGAUCAGCUGUUCUUCUCUGGCUUCAGCUCUGAGGUCAAACCCCUCUCAUCUGAGAGAACUGGUUCUGAGAGAGAACUACCUGCAGGACUCAGGAGUGAAGGAGCUGUGUGGUUUUCUACAGAGUCCAACCUGUCGACUGGAGGCUCUGAGGUUGAGGGGCUGCAGACUGUCAGAGAUCAGCUGUUCUUCUCUGGCUUCAGCUCUGAGGUCAAACCCCUCUCAUCUGAGAGAACUGGAUCUGAGUCACAACAACCUGCAGGACUCAGCAGUGAAGGAGCUUCUUGAUCUACAGCAGAGUCCAACCUGUCGACUGGAGACUCUGAGGUGGGAGGGGAGGUCUUGGUGGAGCUGAGUGUGAAGAGGACAGUGUGAAGAGGACAGUGUGUGUGGACGGAGGCUGAGCUGUGUCCUGAGGAUCCAGAGGCUGAAGCAGCAGCAGCUUGUGUGUAGUCUCCAAUCUACACAACCCCUAAUCUGCAUGUGUUUGUGAGAUGAAGCCGGAGCACCUGGAGAAAACACGGGGAGAACAUGCAGACUCCACACAGGAAGACCCCAUCUGAACCGGAUUCAAACCAGCAACCUUCCUGCCCCGAUUGUGUUUAUUCACAUGAAUAAUGUGUUUAUUGAAAUGACACAACACAAGCAGAAUAUAUAAACCCUCUAUAAAGAGUCACAUACAGUGUGUUUAAGUUUGUCUUAUUAUUGUCCACCUUUGUCCCUCAGUGUGUCUCCAUGUGUGUAGAACCACAUUCUGUGUUUAUGUUUGUUUAUGAUCUUAAAGUUCCUGGAUUCACGUCACAAAUUGAUUUAGUUCAACACAAAGUUCAACACAUUGAAAUCACUUUGAGUUUAAAAUCUGAGUUUUGUCUUUGACACAAAAGAUCAAAACUCUGGACUUAAAAAUGGGACGUUUUCAUUUCUGCAUCAGGUGCAGAGCGGUGGUGGCUUUUCUACUUUUGACCCACAGGUGGCGCUGCAGUAUAACAGCAGCACAUCCCAGUCAAAGCCUUUAUAUUCAGUCUAUGAGUCAAACACAUGGAUCAUUUCCUCUGUGACAAACCAGAUGUAACGAGAAGAAAAACAUCUCAGAGAGAAAAGUUCUGUUUCUACUUGUCUCUGCUUUAAUGCUCAAUAAACAUCCUUCCACCGA